CUCACUUUUUAUGAUCAUUAAAAGUGUCGUAUUUAUUUUCCUUCUGGGUUUUACUGGGGAUUUCUGGUUUCUCAUCUUCAACAUUUUACUGCAUCCAAUUCCAAUUUGAAACGUGGAUAUCGAACUGCUCCAAUGCAUGUGGCAGAAGCUGAUCAAGCUCACCUUGCUGGCCGAAGGGGCCGUGGUGGCCGUGGGCAUGGGCGUGGUCAUGUUCUUAUGCCUGUGGUUGAGGGACCAUAUCCGCAACAUCCAGAAGCCGAUCAAGCUCACCUUGCUGGUGGAAGGGGCCGUGGUGGGCGUGGUCGUGUUCGUAGGCGCUAUGAUACACCUCUACCACCAAUUGAACCCGUCUUUGAUUUUAUUAGGACUCAAGUAGCCUCUCUUGAGACUAUGGUUGACAACAAGGUAGAAACUAAGGUGAAAGCUGUUGUGGAUCCUAGGUUCGAUGCCCUAGAGCAUCUCAUCCGUAAUGUUACCCGCAAUUAAAGAUGUUAAGAUGUUUCUUAACAAUUUAAAUUUUGCUUUUGAACGAUCUUUUCUGUACUUGUUGAAAUAAGUUUUUGGUUGUGUAAUAUCUCACGGUACGAGACAUUUUUCUUGUGGUUGAACUAAAAUAGUUUCUUUUCCUGAUGAGGUUUAGCAUGGGAAAGCUACUUUUUUCCCAAUAUGGGAAAGUUAGUUUUUGAUCAUUAGAUCAAACCAAGAACACAUCCUUAUCAUACUCCUUCAUCACUAGAUUUUCUUCUUUUGUCUUC